AUACUUUUAAUUUUGGAAACCAGCGCCGGGCCAGUGAGACUAAUACUCUUCCUUCCUUUCGCUUACAUGGGAACAGGAACAUGAAUCAAGAUGCAUAUCUCCCCCACACGAUCGUAGAAAGCCAUUCAGAACAGCAACAGCAGCAGCAACAGUUUCAACAACAUCAGCAACAUUAUGAACAAAAACCUGGUUUAGAGCAGCAGCUUCUGCAUCCGUACAAGCAUCAAGGAGCAUACGCGAUUCUCCGACCACACACAACUACUGCUGAACAGCAGCAACAGCAACAACCACCUCGCUAUGAAGACUCUGCCGGCCUGAUUACCGAAGACGUUCGUAAAAGCUACGUUCGCCAAAAACUCCCUGUACGACACCAAAGUUUGGCAGCAGCGUACACCAAAGGCAACAACAACAGUAAUCCGUCUUCUCAACCCAGCAGGAAUUCGUACCGUUCCAUGUUACCCAGCGAUCCAGCAUCGUCAUCUUAUGCACAACAUAUGAAUAGUCAGAACUUGAAAGUGCCAGCGCGAACAUCAAGUAUAGUAAACUUGUCGUCACUGGCACCCCAAUCUCAAAGAGCUACGUUGUCGCCCAACCUAGUACCGGCGGCCGCGACAAAUGAAAAUCACAGUAUUCAGGAACAAGGCGAGAUCGACGAAGAAGAGGAAUUUAACUUUCAGAGUCGCCCACCUUCUAUGAUCGUAUGUACACAACCUAUAGUGACAGACGCCACCUCUUCCUUUUCACCGGACACUCCUGGUCCAGGAGCAUGCGAUCUUCCGUCUCCUACCAGCACAACAACGACAACAACGAUCACACCAAACCAUCCUGUGCCACCCAUCAAUACGCGGAGACCCUCUGAUAUCGGUUCAGUCGAUACGAUGACUACAGUUUCGACGCGAAUAGACGGCACUGACGAUGCAAGCAAUUGGGCGUAUUCGCCAGUGUCAUCGAGUCCACACGAGCAUUAUGCAAAGUCAGAAGUACCUUUGAUGGCGCAGAGCCGGUCUGAGCCCAUCACAACCUUUACUAUUGACGACAAACCGCGAGAAUCCUGCGACACUGAAUUAAGCAACGAACUGAAUUCACCGAUAGAUAAUAGCAGCAUUAAGGGAUCGUCCUCCCGAACUUCGAUCUUUUUACGUAUGCAGCAAAAACGAGAAGAGCAAAGAAAGUCAAUCUAUGCUUAUCGCUACUCAAGAAUUGGGUCGCCUCAACCGCACCACCAGCUGCAUCAGCCAUCUAUGGUUUAUCCUGCGGUCCUUUCCCUCGUCGCUCGAGAGCUUUACCGCCGAUUACCGACCACUACGCUAAUCAAGGACGACAUUGAGCACCAUAAUGUGUUUCGCGGAAAAGACGCGGUGGAACGGCUUUUAUUGAUUCUGCGGACACAUGAUAGAAACUUGGCGUUAUUAGUGGGUCGUGCACUGGAUGCACAGAAUUUUUUUCAUGACGUCAAUUAUGAACAUCGUCUUCGUGACUCUGCCGAGGAAUUAUAUCAAUUUCGUGAAAGCCUCGAAAGCACGAUCGGCUUAUCAACUGCUGAAAGAAGCGAUACCACCCAUAUACAUAUAGAAAAUGAAGGAGAAGACCGUGAUAUACCAACUGGCGUAUUCACGGUUUUGACGGACUGUUAUUCGCCCACAUGUACUCGUGAGAGAACAUGUUAUAGUGCACAUUGUCCACGGAAAGCAACAAAGACAUUAAGACGGACACAAAGUCAAUCCUCAAUGCAAGAUGAAGAAAUUCGAAAUUUGUGGAUGCAUAGCGUACCAAAAGAGCUAGUGGAUGCAACAUCACGCGAAGAACGCAAGAGACAAGAAUGUAUAUAUGAAUUAAUCUACACAGAGCAGGACUUUGUUAGAGAUCUCCAAUAUGUACAUAAUUUGUGGGUCAAACCUUUAAUUACUGGAGAUAUUAUUCCGGACGAGCGUCGUGAGCACUUCGUGCAAGAAGUAUUUUGGAACAUGGCUGAUAUCGAAAAGGUCAACUCACAAUUAGCGCGAGCUUUAAGUGAACGACAAAAGAACCAUUACUGGAUUUCUUCGAUAGGAGACAUUCUUCUCGAAUAUGCUUGCGAAUUUGAUCCAUUUGUUGCUUAUGGGGCACAUCAAGUCGUUGGCAAAUUCUACUUUGAGCUGGAAAAAAAGCGGAAUCCACGGUUUGCAGCAUUUGUUGAGGAAACUGAACGGAAGCCUCAGUCACGAAGACUCGAACUCAAUGGAUAUUUGACAAAACCAACGACAAGACUCGGCCGCUACAAUCUCUUGUUACGAGAAAUCUUGAAGUGCACGCCCGAGGAAAACCCUGACCGAAAGCUAAUACCACAAAUCAUGGAUCUUAUCACCGAGUUUUUGGUCCAAGUGAAUACGGAAGCUGGCAACAGCGAAAAUGCGUUUAAUUUACAGCAGAUUGAGACUCGACUCUCGUUCAAAGUAUCUGAAAAUUUUGUGGAUCUGAGGCUGCGAGAUAACGGUCGUCGGUUGAUUAUGAAAGGUCGGAUGAAGCGAAAAGGAAACUCAUCAUCUGAUGCUUCCGACCUUCAGCUAUUUUUAUUUGACCACUAUCUUGUUUUUGCAAAAAUCAAAUAUCACAAUCAUCUGGAAAUCUACAGAGUUUAUCGAAAGCCCAUUCCUCUUGAACUGUUGACAGUAUCUCUUCCAAAAGACACCCCCAACAACCGGGCGAAACGCGCAAGUUCCAUAUUGCCUUAUAGUCGCUCAACAACGCUUGUAUCCAGCAGUGCUAGCAUCCAACCUAAAUCAUCCACAUCCGAGACGAUCAAUGCAAACAAGUCUGGCAGCUACAGCAUCACGUUCCACCAUCACGGGCGGCGCGGCUCUCCUCCAUUGACGUUAUAUGCAGCGGGAGAAUCGUCUAGGAAAUCAUGGGCGGAAAAGAUCAAAGAGCAACAAGCUGCUCUGGCACAGAAGCGGUGUGUUUUUGCAUUAAAUCCGCUUGUCUGCAGAGAAUUUACCCUAAACAACAAAAUCAACAGUUCGACAGUGUUGCCCGGAAGCACUCACCAUCCAAGAGUUGUUAUUGGAGCUGAUCAAGGAGUAUAUAUAAGCAAUCUGGAAACGACAACGACAAAAUAUGAAGUCGACCAGGAUAGUAUUGUGGACGGUGGACCAAGGACAAGUCGCAUUUUACAUGUCGAAAAGGUGUCACAAAUCAGUUUUGUGGAUCUUUCCCAUUUGGUAGUUCUUGCUGAUAAAACUUUGUGGGCGUUCCCAUACGAUAUGGUAGCAGCUGGCGAACUUCAACCGAAAAGCGUUCGACCUAUAAGUCAACACGCCGCCUUUUUUUACGUUGGCGUAUGCAUGGGGAAGACGCUCGUGUGCGUAGUCAAAACGAGUGCACUCACACCUACAACUAUCCGAGUGUUUGAACCUGUUACUUCUGACGAGGAUAAGAAAGGCCGUCGAGCCUUCAUCAAGCGACUAGUCCGGAAUGGUACUGAAAAUUUGAAGCCGUAUAAGGAUCUCUACUUGCCAAGUGAAGCCUCUGGGAUCAAUCUUCUUCGCACAAAGAUGUGUGUAUCAUGUCCACAAGAAAUUGGUGUCAUUGAUAUGAAAUCCUUUGAAGUGCAAGCAUUGUUGGAUCCAGACGAUGAAGAGCUGUCCUUUGUAUUUAAUCGACAAGAUGUAAGACCGAUAUCCAUAUAUCGUAUCCAGUUUGCAGAGUACCUGGUGUGCUAUAAUGAGUUUGCCUUUGUCGUAGAUCAACGGGGACGCCUCAAACGGACUAGCUGCAGGAUUGAUUGGGAAAGCAUCCCGGAUGCAUUUGCACUUUGUUAUCCAUAUAUCCUUGCAUUUGAACCUGAGUUCAUUGAAGUACGGAAUAUUUUAACGGGGACUUUGGAUCAACGGAUACGGGGGACGCAUAUCCGCUGCACCAAUACAGGUGCAUCCGCAAAGGACGGGAUUCAUGUUACCAUGAGUGAUGUGGAAAACGAAGGAUAUCAGGCUCUUUACCAACUUGACCUAGUGAAGCAGCAUGUCGACUAUCUGCCACAACUACCUGCACUAGGCAACAACAGCAAUUCGGCUUGGUGAAACCCAACAACAGCAACACCACUUACACCAACAAAAAAACACUCAUUCUGAUCAUUUUUAUUACUUAAUAUUUUAUCGCACACGCAUCCUGCUUUCUGUUUUUCUUCAUUUCUAUUUUUUCUUUGCACUUAGUAUCUGUGUACACUAUAAAUAGACCAAGCUU